CUUUCUCCACAAAACAAGAGAGUGUAUAACUUAUAAGCAGUUAAAGAAAAUGGCUUCCAAAACUUUGCUUUUGUUGGGUGUGUUUGCAUUUCUUCUCGUCGUCUCAGCAAGGCAGUUGGAGAGUGAGGAAACUGUGCAACCUGAUGGAUAUGGUGGUGGAGGAGGAGGACACUACGGAGGAGGACACGGAGGCCACGGAGGACACGGAGGCCACGGAGGACACGGAGGCCGUGGGGGACACGGAGUAGCAGCUGUUCAGAGUAAUCCUGGACCAGCUGGCACGGUGAAGUCAGAGAGUGAGGAAACUGUAAAGCCUGAUGGAUAUGGUGGUGGUCACGGAGGAGAAGGACACUACGGAGGAGGAGGCCACGGAGGACACGGAGGCCGUGGGGGACACGGAGUAGCAGCUGUUCAGAGUAAUCCUGGACCAGCUGGCACGGUGAAGUCAGAGAGUGAGGAAACUGUGAAGCCUGAUGGAUAUGGUGGUGGCCACGGAGGAGGAGGACACUACGGAGGAGGAGGAGGCCACGGAGGACACGGAGGCCGUGGGGGACACGGAGUAGCAGCUGUUCAGAGUAAUCCUGGACCUGCCAUGGUGAAGUCAGAGAGUGAGGUAACUGUGAAACCUGAUGGAUAUGGUGGUGGCCAUGGAGGUUACAACGGAGGAGGACACUACGGAGGAGGAGGCCACGGUGGCCGCGGGGGACACGGAGCAGAGACUCAGCCCAGUCACUAAGUCUUGUAUAUGCACGUACGUGCACGUAUGACUCUAAGUAAACAUUGGUGCAUGCGUUUGUAAUAAAGUAACUCAGGUUUAAGAAAAGAAACUAUGAGAAUAAAGUCUAAUAUUGUAAUGUUUCUGUGUUCGGGUUGGAAUCUGCGCUCUUUGCGUAAUAAAAUCUUCAGUAGUUUCUGUUAUUGU